AACACCAACAGACAGAUGCCGUCAAAUGCCUGCUAGAAAAGCUGUAGCGCGGAAAGGAAGUGCAUUUCUAGCGAAAAUGAGGUCGUCCGCGUAAUUGCGUCGAGCGAAUCUGAUAUUUCGCGGCUUGCGACGCGAGCCUGAUCUCUGAUAAGGCGAAGGCUCCUGGACGUCGCGUCACUGGAAAGGCUUGGAUCACUCUCUAACAUAUAUUUCGCUAGUAGCGUUAAGACGAAGCUCGUUUAACGAGCGACGCGCUGUGGCUGACUGACUUUGCUGAUACAGCGGUCAACGGAUUCGGAGGUCAGUUGACCCUUGGCGGAUGCCGCUUAGGUCUUCACAUGGCGCGGUUGACAACGCCGCUCGAUUUUUAGAAUUCACGAACAAAUCGAGCGGUUGACAUUGUCGCUAGUCCGUUUGAUCCGUGGGACGCCGCCUCGUGCGACGGUGCUUCGUGGCUUACCGCGUGCGAACGUGGUCUGCCAGAGCACGGUGCUGAUAGCUGCGUGGCCGUCGCAGUGCGACUAUGGUCCGUCGCAGUGCGAUCAUGGCUCACACGACCGUUACUCUCAUCCGGCCCAUGUCCGCGCGACCGUUACUCCCUCCCCUACUCAUGUCCGUGGCUACUAAUAGUACCCUCCUACUCAUCACGAUGGCCGUUGCGCUCUCCCCAACACUCGUGCGAGCGGUCCCUUAUCUUACGUCCCAGGGGGAGACGUUUCUGGAGGCCGUGCGAAACCUGUAUCAGCAUUGGGACAGCGCCUAUGGGCUGCAGGUGGAAAAUCCGUUCCCCCCCUCCGCCAUCUCGCUCCCCCCUGAAGUCCCCCCCGCGCCCCACCUGGAGGACUGUGAGGCUCGCACAGCCUUCCGCCUCUCCACUGAGAAACGGGGGAAUAAGGGGGGGCCGCCCUACUGGGCAGUACCCAACCCCGCUUGUGGGAACGUGCGCCAACCACCCUGGAUCCGUGGCUCGGAUGCUGCCAACUUGGCAGCCACCCGAGAGGCACAAGCUGAUAUAUGGCACCACCAGUUCCCGCCCAAUGGGUGCAAGGGGCGGCGGCUGGUGCUGGUGAAGUGGCUGACCAUGGGGUGGCAUGGAAUAGGGUCGCAGCUGCAUGUGCUGGGCGCCGUGCUGAGUGCUGCCAUGGUGCACAAGAGGACGCUCGUCUUGAUGCCGGGGACGCUGCCCCAAGCAGACCACGAGGAAUGCGAGAAGCUGGGCCACAAGGGCUCCCUCACCUGCUACUUCUUCCGCCUCUCAUCCCCGGAGUGCGAGGAGAUCGCCCUGAAGGCGCAUAAGGCGUGGAAAGACGCUGAGGCGAGGAAGCAGCACGCAGCAGCACAGAGAGAGGGGCAAUGGGGAGGAGACGAAGGUUCAAAGGGAGAGGGGCAAGGGGGAGGAGACGAAGGUGCAAAGAGAAAGGAAGGGGGUCACGCAACUGGGGUGGAAGGGGAGGGUGGAGAGGCAUCUGAAGAGGCGGAGGCGGGUGGUGAGGUGUCCAGCCAAGCAGGGGGGGGCAGUGGGAGGCGCCUGCAAGCAGAAAAGGACGCAAAUGAUGCUGAUGAUGGUAGUGGCGGCGGCAGCGGUGGCGGCAGUGGCGGCGGCGGUCGUGGUGCUGGUGGUGAUGCUGGUGCUAGUGCUGGUGCUGGUGCAGGUGCUGCCGCUGCUGGUGCUGGUGCUACUUCUGGUGGUGCUGGUGGUGGCGAUGGGUCGAAUGGUGGUGGUGGAGAGGAGGCUGAAGGAGGUGGGGGAGUGGAGGAGGAUGUGAUUGUAGCGGAGCCAUGUGACAAUGCAGAGUGUCUGAAGAACUCCAACGCCCUUGUGGUCUUCUCGACACGGCCGGGAUUCAACGUGGAUGGAGGGGGGGACGUCAUCUCCCAGCUCAAUGCCACUGCUGCAGAUCUCUGGGGCAAGGCGUAUCUGAAGAGCCCGCUGCCCAACGAGGUCAUGGGGCGCAUGGGUGCGCACUCCAAUUUGUUCAGAAAGACGCACUGGUGGCGAGCCCAGGCCACGCGCUUCAUGCUGCGGUGGCCCACGGCGUACCUGUGCCACAUCAUCAACCGCGAGAGGCACCACGUGUACGGCAUGCAGGUGGCGCGGCAGGUGGUGGCCUCCCAGAUGGAACAGCGAAACGUGGAGAAAGAGGCUCGGAGCCGCAGGAAGAGGCUCGCUGAGGUGCCUCGGAAGUUCUCGGAGCGCUCAGGGGGGUCAGGAGGGAAGGAGGUUGGGAGGGGGAGGAGGGUGGAAGAGGGUGGGGCUGAUGGUGGAAAGAAGGAGAUGGGGCGGUGGAGGGAGUUUGAACGUAAGGUCGAGCUUGACCUUGGACCUUCGUUGUCCUCGUCCACUGCUGCUUCUGAGACACCUGAAGACCGCUCUGCUUCUGAGGCUCCUCAGAACCUCUCUGCUUCUAAGAAGAAUCGGCACCCUCCUGCUGCUGCUGCUGCUGCUGCUGCUGCUGCUGCUGCUACUGGUUCCAACGCAAGGAGGAAUGGUACCAGCCAGGAUCGAGGAGGAAUGGUGAACUUAAGGAAGAAUGUUCUGACGCAAGGAGCGCCCAGCUUGGAAACGGCUGCAUGGCCACGGGCAGGGUACGAGGGGUGCAGCUUAGGCCAUGCCUCAGCCGCUGGUAGCAGCAGCAGCAGCAGCGGCAGUGGUGAUGGAGGCCUAUGGGGCUCAGAAGGCGAUUAUUAUCUGGCUAAUUACGUGGGAGUGGGGGGUGAGCCGUACAUCCCGCGUCCGAUCGUGAGCGUGCACGUGCGGCAGGGCGACAAGGCGCAUGAGAUGCGGCUCUUCUCGUUCUACGCCAUCAUGUUUAUGGCCAACCGGGUCAGGCGCCUGGACCCCGAAGUGAGAUACGCGUGGCUCAGCACAGAGAUGCAGAGCGUAGUGGAUCAAUCGAAUCGCUUCUUAGACUGGACGUUCUUCUACUCCAAGGUCCCCCGGCAAGGAGGCAGAACGCGCAUGGCUGAAUACACGGAGAUGUUUGGCCUGGCGCGCACUGUGGGAAUAAGCUUUGCAAACCUGUUGAUUGCUUCAGAGUGCGACUAUUUCGUCGGCGUCCUCGCGUCAAACUGGAAUAGGAUGAUAAAUGAGCUCAAGAACACCAAUGGACGUUUGUAUAGGGGAUACGUAUCAGUAAACGAUGGAGAGUGGUGAUUGGGCUGAUUAGUGCACGCGGUUAAAAAGUAAAUAUAAUAUUCUGAUGCUUACAUUCUCGUCAGAUGUUUGAUACCAUAUUCCACAGCUUCAAAACCCUCUGACAAGUCAGACACCCUGAGAUAGCCUAUGCAUGAAAUGAGAGAUUCC